GCUGGGACUUUACGUAACCGCGCCCGAUGGAUUGUGGGAAAUCGUGUUUUUCCAAACCGCGCCGCUCAAGCAAAACCCGCGGCUGGAGACCGCUCGCGGAACUACAGCUACCGCUGGCACGGAAGUGACGUCAUGAAAGGUCACAGGUCAUUCCGUGUCAACACAUGUGCGUCUCCACAGCCAUGCGUUUCCAGAGGCUAAACUUUUAAUUCCAGUUUGUUGGCGGUAAUUUAAAAUCCCCCAUAAUGCCUAAAGACGUGUCUUCUUCAUCGAGUGAAGAUGAAGCGGACAGCUGCUCUCCUCCUCCCGAGAAGAAGAACAGGAAGUACCAGUGUCCUGCGGACUUUGUGACGUUCUGCCACGAGCCCUGCAGCAGCACCCUAACAGACAGCCUCAAGGACAAGAACACAGAGUUAUGGCUCAUCAAGGCUCCCCUGAGCUUUAAACCAGAAAGGUUCGGCGGCCUCAAAGUGCCGCUCGCCGGCCUGCAGACGCUCAAGGUUCCUGACGCCGCGGCGGGCGGCGUCCAGCAGAUCUACAGUAUCCUGGCAUCGGACCGCUGCCCCUCGGAGCUCCGCCUGCUCACCGCCGGGCAGACACCCGCAGACGAGAUGGUCUUCAGCCCCGCUUUCUCCGGCCAGCUCAACGUGUGCGAGAGCUACGGGGACAGCAGCGCCAACCAGGCCCCCCGGGUGAUCCCCGCCGCCCCGGCGCCCGCCAUCCCGCCCGGCCUCAAGCAGCGCUUCCACCCCUUCGGCAGCAGGACGCCCACGCUCACCUGCGUGGCGGAGAACGAGGUGGACGGGGCCGCCCUCGGCCCCUCGUCUGCAACCCUGCGCCCUCUGGUGGUCAAACGGUUCAUGGAGGACGCAGAGGAAGAGGAGGAGAGCAGGACGAAGAAGAAGAAGAAGAAAGAGAAGCGGGUGAAGACGGAGCACGACGAGGAAGCGCCGAGGGUGAAGCAGGAGCCGGGGGCUGCGCUCCCGGAAGACAUGCUGAAUUUACUGAUGGGCGACGACUUCCUGGAGGACCAGCAGUCGGAGGAGAAGAGGAAGAAGAAGAAGAAGAAAGAGAAGCAGGUGAAGACGGAGUAUGAGGAGGAACCACUGACGGUGAAGCAGGAGCCGGCGGCCGCACCCCCGGAAGACAUGCUGAAUUUACUGAUGGGCGACGACUUCCUGGAGGACCAGCAGUCGGAGGAGAAGAGGAAGAAGAAGAAGAGGGACAGGGAGCGGGAGGAGGUGGAGGAAGGACUGGAGCCCAGCGCCUCGGUGAAGCUGGAGCAGGUCGUCGUCAAAUCCGAGCCCGUGGACUCCUGGUACAGCGAGGCAGCGGAGGCCUCCGCCAAGAAGAAGAAGAAGAAGAAGAAGAGCAAAGUGGAGGAGGACUAGUCAGAGCUGGCUCUCAUUUCACUGCUUUACUCCGGUUUAUUGAUGCUUCGUGGAGAGAGAACUCGUCCUGGAAGAGUUGAACGAAGUGGAUUUAUUUACAGACGAAGCAGCUGAAGUGAAGCAGCGUGUGAAGGAGCGAGAGUCGGUCCAGUCUGCUCUGUUUCUGUCACGUUGAGACGAUUUUAUAGGAUCUUGAUCCAGCAUUGUGUUUAAUUACUCGACCCUCAGCUUUUGGAAAACUGCAGCUGACAUAAAGUGAAAGAAGAGGAUUUACCAGGUCGUGCUUUUGUAAAUCGCCCGAGUCGUGUUUUGGAAAAAGGAACGAAUGUGUGCAGAAAACACGUGUUACUGAGUGAUUAAAGGAAAAAGAAGUAAAAUCCCGUCGUGCAGUGAGACGCAGUGUUUUCCUCUGAGAGCCGUGAUUUCAGGCAGAAGGAAUGAAACACGGAUUCGUGUUCUGACUCACUCCGGUUUGUUCGCUUCAUUCAACAACAAGGAAACAUCCUCAGCAAGCGCAGGCAGAGAGCGGCGCCAGAAACCAGAUCAGGUUAAGGCAGGAAGGGAAACGCGGAUCAGUCUGAGGGAAGGUUUAGGAGAAUUAUGGCGACUUAUGUUUAUGAUCCAUUCAAUGUUUUCAACCUUAAAAAACCCAAAAAUACAGUCAUUUAAAUAAUGUCAAUGUGAAGCUUAGGUUUGAGUAAGUUUACAGUAUGUUAAAUUGUUUUUUGAAGAUCAGUAGAACCACAGCUAGAAAAUAAUCAAACAAAAAAAACUGCCAGGAUUUCAUCUCAAAGCCACUUCUGCUUUUCUGAUACACACUAGAUUGAUGCUUUUCUUCGCUCUACUAUAGGAAGCAAAGCAUUACACUUAUAUAACAGUUUUUUUUAAAUUUGGUUUUACAGUUUCAGAUUAGUUGCGUUAAAUUAAAUUUAAAUAGAAAACAACGCUUUCUUCUCGUUACUGCCACAUCUGGGAAAUCCGAGGCUCAAAAUGAAGCACGGUUCAAAACAGGCCUUUUCAAGAAGUGACAGGCUGAUUAAAUUGUGUUUCUUUAUUGAAACAUGUUUUUAUGUCAAUUUUUUUUUUGGGUGGAGAUACAUUGAAAUGUCUAAGUACUUAAUAAUUGUUCUUUUAUUAUCUUUUGGUCGCAGCAGUUUUCAGUUAUUUUUAUCUGAUCAUGUGAAAAAAGAGUAAACAUUUAGGCUUGUUGGGGGAAACCUAAUUAAAAUACUAUGUUCUGUACAGUUUCCCUGUUCACACUGUUUGAUCAGGCGUCAUUAAAAUUUUUCGUCUUGAGGAACGUCAUAACCGACGCCAGGUUUCGUGUUGUAAUACAAGCUUUCUCCACAAGGUGGUGCAUUGAGUCACUUCAGGAUCAUUAUUAUAAUAACUGAACUCUUAGUUACUUCAUUACAGCAACUAAGUGACUGCAGUAGAAUUAACUUAGUAGUUAUUUAAAGAAAAGAAAAAGUCACCUUGGAAAGUCAGUGUUGCAAGACGAAGCGGGAAUAGAAUCGAAUUAUUAAUCCCAGAAGAAAUGCUUUGAAGCAAUGCUCCACACACAAUAAAUAGGAAAGAACCUCAAAUAUCGAAUAAGACAGGAUGAAACUAUAAUAAUGCUGGAUAUUGAGGUGUAAUGUUAAUACAAACAGAAUGGAUGAAGUUAACCAUAAAACAACAAAAGCAGUUUAAAGGAGAUAUUGAGUGUCGGAGCCGCAGGAAAGAAGGAUUUCCUGCUCUCUUCUGCUGUGCUGGUUCAGUAAUCGAGAGGUGAGAUAACGAAGCAGACGGCUCUUAAUAAAGAAGAUAACCUCACUUCGAUGUUAGAAUGAGAUACACAGCACCGAUUCUCACCACAUUUUUUAGAUAUAAUGGAUUUCAAUUUCUUUCAAAAAUUUUAUUUUAAUUACUUUUGUGAAAAAUUUGUGAACCUCUUUGAGUUGCAUUACAUCGUCUGAAACCUGAUAUGUCAAAACAUUUCCUCCAUGGAGUGAUUUAGAGGUGCAUAGUGACUACAGAAAAAGCUUUUCCAGCUCUGACAGGGAGAUGGCGCCAGACUCCAGAUUGUUUCCUCUGAGGAAGAACAUCUAACAACCUCUGAACAACCUCUGAGCUCAUGGUUCACACUCCACCGGCUCGUUUUCCUAAUGCAGCGCCGAUCUUCGCAGAGCCGUCCAAACGCAUGAAAGCAGGAUUUAUUCUCCUCUUUCUCUUCGCUGCUUCUCGGCGUCUCGUUUCUUUGAGUUUCAGGUGAAAAAAUCUGAGUCCAGCUCUGCAUCCUGCUCCUCUUCCUCCUCCUCCUCCUCCUCCUCCUCCUCCUCCUCCUGCUCUGCACCGGAGCAUGGUCCUGCUUCCUAAUGAGCUCAGGCACCUCUGCUGCUAUCACACUCUCACCAUCUGUAGUAACCCCCUGCUCAGUCUGCACCGAUCCAGCCUCGCCAGCACGUCUGCAUUUUUCACGCCGUCCAAUUAAACCCAAACAUAAAGAAGAAAAAUAUGUUUGGUUGUUGUUUUUUUUCCCCAUAAUGCCCUGUGCAGUGUGAAUUUGACAGGCUUUCGCCAUUAUAACAUCACGUCUUUGGGUUUAGCAGGCAGCCAUUAAAGCACAGAGCCACAGAUGUCAGAAUGAGGAUGAAACGCUUCUCUGUGAAUCACAUCUAAUGCCAGACUUUUGUGAAUCCUCACAGGUAUGUUGAAUGUGUGUGUGUGUGUGUGUGUGUGUGUGUGUGUGUGUGUGUGUGUGUGUGUGUGUGUGU